AGCCACGCCCCCUCUACCCACUACCGGUCACUGCUGUGUGAUGCAACCAGCUGUAAGGUCGCGUUUCAACUUUUAACAAUCCAGAGCGACAACUUACAAUUUUAGCCAGAACGUCACAUAUCUAAGGACGCUUCUAUGUUUCUUCUUCGUAACAUGUCACUUUGCUCAGCUCUUCGGUAGCUAGUUAGCAACUUCGUAACGUCACUAUUUCUGAAGGGAGCUUAGCUAGCUUGUUAGCAAGCUGUGUUUUUAGCCGAUCCGCUCCUCGAGUUCUGUCUCUAGGCUUCUGCCAUUUACUAGCCCGUCCAUCGCAUAGUCCUAUGUGUGUGCAUUAAAGCGCUGGGUGCCAACGGAGUCACCCCAACUGUACCUUCUUCUUUAGUGGAGGUGCUUUAAAUGGCCACCGCCGCCCCCCCUCCAGCAUCGGGCUCUUCUGGGGCCACAGAAAACCAGACUCCCGGAUCGAGCAGCUCGACCGCAGCAGACAGUGGCAACCAGGACAGCACCUUCGAGUGUAACAUAUGUCUGGACACCGCCAAGGACGCGGUGAUCAGCCUGUGCGGACACCUCUUUUGUUGGCCUUGUUUGCAUCAGUGGUUGGAGACCAGACCGAAUCGGCAAGUAUGUCCAGUUUGUAAAGCUGGUAUUAGCAGAGAUAAAGUUAUCCCAUUAUAUGGACGUGGAAGCACAGGCCAACAGGACCCCAGAGAACGAACGCCCCCUCGACCACAAGGGCAAAGGCCUGAGCCUGAAAACCGUGGCGGAUUUCAAGGAUUUGGCUUUGGAGAUGGGGGUUUCCAAAUGUCAUUUGGAAUUGGUGCCUUUCCAUUUGGUAUUUUUGCUACAGCUUUUAACAUCAAUGAUGGAAGACCUCCUCCAGCCCCUGGGACACCGCAGCAUAUGGAUGAACAGUUUCUGUCUCGACUUUUCCUGUUUGUUGCUUUGGUGAUCAUGUUUUGGCUGCUGAUUGCAUAAAUGAAUUCAAAGACAACAUCUUCCAUCAAUACAAGCAUUUGACAGAUGAAACUUUGUGGUACAUUGUCACAGGAAUCUAACACUUUUCAUUUUCUGUGCCUCUGACUAGCAUGUCAUAAUUCAUCCUCGUGUUUUCUUCAAGCUGUACACUGUGGUGUACAAACUGUACUACAUGCAUGUCUGUUUCCAUUGUGAUUUUUUUUAGAUCAGACUUUAACAGAAGGCUUAAGGCAAGAGGGGAAGAGGUGACUCUCAGUGCUCUUUCAGUGUACGUUACAUUUUUAAUUAAAGUGGAUGUUGGUUCGGUACUAUGACUGUAUCAGAACAUGCCCUGCUAAACAAACAUGUCAUUACAAUCUGUACUAACAUACAAGUGAGGUUGUUGUUGUUUUUUUUACUGAGGUCUGUUCCAGAAACCGAGUUUACCUAACUCGAUUUCUAAUUACUGUGAUCUUACUUUUAAACUACAGUUAGUUCGGGUUUAAAACAAUAUAAUUAAUGAUUUAUUUUUUAGUAUCUUGUUGCAGAAUCUUAAACCUAAAAAGACAGUAGACAGUAAGGUUACAGUACACGGUUCAGUGCAGGAGAGCAUGUUUUUUUAAUUUACUUGUUUCAACGUCCACUAUCUGACAGAGCAACUGACUCAGUUAAGUCCCUGUUGUUUCUGCAGUGGAAAAUGUAUUUUCCAUCAACACAGGUUGGAAAAGGUGUUUUUUUUACUAAAUGGAUUUCUGUAAUACCUCGUUGAUCUCACAAAGUAAACAACUCAUCUGCAAAACUCUAAUUGCAGUCAUUAAUUUGCAUAAUCAAAACAAACUAGACAUUGUUGCUGUAUUGUACAUGAGAAUUAAGAAAAUGUAUUAUGUAACUGUUGAAAGAUUUUUGGACAGUGUUCCUCAAAAAUGCAACAUCUUUUAUUUGUCUUCAUUUACUGUACGUCACUGUACUUUAAUGUGAAAUGUUGUAUUAUUAGUUUAAAUGCGGAUUGGAUGAAGAGAAAACCACUCUGCUAAAUGUGAAUUCACUCUAUUGACAGUAAAUCUAUGUAAAUAAAGAAGGUAAUAAAUCUAUAA